AGAGAGCGAGAGAAAAAGCGAGAGAGCGAGAGAAAAAGCGAGAGAGCGAGAGAAAAGGCGGAGCGAGACAGAAAAAGCGAGCGAGACAGAAAAAGCGAGCGAGACAGACAGCGAGAAAAAUCGAGACCGGACAGAAAAAGCGAGCGAGACCGACAGAAAAAGCGAGCGAGAGAAAGCAUGCCAGAAAAAAAACCGAGAGAGAAAAAGCGAUCGGCAAGUGAGACAGACAGAGAAAAAGCGAGGGAGCGAGAGAAAAAGCGAGGGAGCGAGAGAAAAAGCGAGGGAGCGAGACAGAAAAACGAGAGAAAAAGCGAGCGUGACAGCGAGAGAGAGAAAGCGCGCCAGCGAGUAAAAGCGAGCGAGAAGCGAGACACCGACAGAAAAAGCGAGCGAGAGAGAGAGAAAAAGCGAGCACCUGACAGAAAAGGCGAGCGAGACUGA